GCCGUUCCCCCAAAUUUCAUUUUGCCUCCCGCCUUCAAAUCCCGCGCCUUUUCUUCUGAAUCUGUCCUCAUAAAUCCUUUCCACAGCAAUCUUUUCCUCUCGAUCAGGAUAUGGAUACUUCAAAUCCUGCAGCUUUUGUCAAUGGAGGGUUGCUGCGUAUGCAUUUGGGACGGAAGGUGCGGGCCGUGAUUCAGGUCAUACGUUCUGAUGUAGGGUCUGUAAUUGGAAAAUCUACAGAUGACAGCCAAAUUAUUGUAAAAGGCUCCCCACCCAUUCCUCCUACCAAUUAUGUUGAGGUUAUUGGUGUUGCUGAAACUGACAAUUCCAUCCGAGCUGAAAUUUGGACCAACUUUGGGGACACAUUUGACAUGUCUAGCUAUGAUCAGCUUUGUCAGCUCGCAAAUGGAGAGUUCAAACACUUGUUCCUAUGAAGAGCUAUGGAUUACCCUUUUUCUUAAGAAAAGUGUAUUUCAGUGAUGUUACAUGCUAUGCUUUGUUUGUAAAUAAGCAGGAUGGAUGGAUUGAUUUGGUCUUGUGGUUUGUUUGGUACUAUCCGUGGAAAUUGUUGAAGCUGUUUUGCCCUGUGCUAUAGGCCUGUAGUUUCAAGAAUUAUUAUCUCCCUUAUGAGAUUGCUCCCUCUAAUCUAUUCCUUAAUGGACGAACUGUGGCAUGUAGCACGCAUUCAUCCAAAUGUCAUUAUGCAUCAAAUUAGUCUAAUAUUUAAUAGC